AUGAUCACCGACGAGGAUGCUGCGUUGCAGGCCAUUGCGACGCUGGCGGAGCUGUCUCCUGAACAGCAAGAGGCCUUGAACGCAACCAACACUAUCCUACACAAUGGCGAGCCUUUCGUCGACGUCCACGAGCUGUUCGCGCAUUACAAUGUGCUAUACUUCAGAAAGCUACUCUUACCUCGCGUCGAAGUGCUAUGGUCGCCGCGGCUAACUCUUUGUGCCGGCAUCUGCGAGCUCUCCAAGGACCCGGCCACGUCAAAGUUUACGCGCAUCCGCCUGAAACUCAGCACGCCUCUACUCCAAUACCGCCCGCGCUCAGACACCAUCAACACCCUCCUCCACGAAGCCAUCCACGCCUACUUCUUCAUCACCACCUCGUGGGCCCACUCCCGCGGCGACGACGGCACCGGCCACGGCGUCGGCUUCCAGCUCCUCGCCGACGCAAUCAAUAACCACGGCAACUACGAGGUCACCAUCUACCACACCUUCCACGACGAGGUCGAGAGCUAUCGCACGCAUGUCUGGCAGUGCGAUGGGCCGUGUAGAAGUGCGCCGCCGUAUUUUGGCCUCGUUAAGCGCUCGAUGAAUCGCGCGCCGGGGAAGAGCGAUACGUGGUGGGCGCGACAUGAAGCUGAUUGUGGGGGCACGUACACGAAGAUCCAGGAGCCGGCUGUUACGAAGAAGCAGCUCGAUGCCAUGUCCGCGAAAGAGCGAGCAGGCCGGCAGAAGAACAAGCUCGACGGCUGGGUCAAGGCGAGCGCGAAGACUGGUCGGGCAGAGGGUGAUACUUCUGCUCGGCCUAUUGAUGUCGAUGGAGAGGAUGAAACCUCGAAAUCGUCUGGGAGUAAGCGCAAAGCAUCGACGCUGCUCGUAGAUGAUGCUGUCAAGCAAAACACGAAGAGAUCAAGACCAGACGACCGUCAUUCAAACGUGGAGAGCAAAGCAUUGGUCGCGUGUCCGAUAUGUAACCAGAAAGUAGCAGAAGCACAAAUAAACGAGCACCUGGAUGCUCUACACUUGUCUUGA